CGAACAAUAAAGAAAACAUAAUGGCCACCAAUCUCCGCCCAUUUGGGUCACGCUAAAUGCGAUUCUACCCUUUUAAAAUUCUACGUCUACAAAACUGAUGAACCUGCUACAUGUGACAACAUGAGGAUUUGAAAGUUUCGCUGUCGGAUGGACUGAUGUGAUCCACUUACAUUUCUGUCUCAGCAGAACGUCUGCCUUCGUUAAGGUUUUUCAUUUGCAUCAUGUUGCUUCAUGUUCUGCUCCUCCUUCACGCAUCAGGAGGAGCUUCUUCCUCCAUCUCAUGUUAUGAUGAUCAGGGGAAACCUGUUGACUGGUUUUACUUGUACAAACUCCCACACCUGCAUCAUGAUCCUGUGGAGGAGGGGCUGAAGUACCUUUUCAUGGAUGGAGAGAGUGAGGGAUGGAUAGAUGGGAAGACUUUAGUUAAUGACAGUCAAAGUGCUGUUGGUCAAACAGUAGGGCCUUUAUAUGAGGGUGGUGAUGUUGGAUACAUCUUGUAUAAUGACCAGCCACCACAACAGAAACAUUUUGAAGGUGCAAGCAGGACUUGUGGCCAUACCAAAGGAGUUGUUGUCUUUGAUAAGCAGCAGGGCUUCUGGUUGGUCCACAGCACACCUCAUUUCCCCCCUCCUAAAUCAGCGGGCACGUUUUCAUAUCCCAGUUCUGGCAUAAAUAAUGGACAGAACUUCAUCUGUGUCACAUAUCCUUUUGAGCGCUUUCAGACCAUAGGUGAGCAGUUAAAAAUCAAUCAGCCUCACAUAUAUGACUGCAGCAUCCCUGGUUCUCUGGCCGCUGCUGUUCCUGCUAUGGCUCAGCUCUGUAAACGCACACUGGGCAGAUGGGACAACACUUCCUCCUCCCCAUCCAAUCGCAGUAUAUCACUCCUCUCAUUGGCUGGAACGGAGUUCAUUAGCUUCGCAAAAGGUGCAUCAUUUGCCAAUGACCUGUAUCACUCUUGGGUGGCGCCUACGCUACAGUCCGACCUGCUGGUUCAGUUCUGGCGUCGCUCCACUGGCCUCCUGCCCUCUGACUGCUCUCCAAGCUGGAAAGUCCUCAACAUAGAUCUCAUUUCCCCAAGCCAAAGCAUCACGUUCAAGGCUACAGAGGAUCACUCGAAGUGGGCGGUCAGUACCGGCAGCAGCCGCACUGGAAGUGGGACAUCGGGCGGCUGGGUCUGCGUAGGAGACAUCAACCGUGACGAGGCGGAGGAAAAGAGAGGUGGGGGUACGGUGUGCCGCCAAGAUGCUGCGGUGUGGAAGGCCUAUCGCUCGGCUGCCUUGCAGUGCGAGGCCUGCAGUGGAGAAGUGCAGACAUGUGAAAAAGCCGCACAGUAUCGCUAAUGCAGCUGGAUGGCAGAAAGAACAUCAAAAUCAGGGUAAUGCAGAACAACUGCAGGUGUAGGUGUUAAAACAGGUAUGAUUCUGAGGUCAAAUGCUUUUUCUAUUGCAUGUAGCAAUAUGCAGGGUAAUUAAAUGCAAAAGGACUGUAAAUUUAUAAUUAAAUCCUUAAAUGUAUGUCUCAGAACUUUAGCUAAACCAGCUAUAAAUUUUAUUUUAAUACGGUACAAUUUUAUGUGUUUUUAAUGUCUUUACUGUCUUUACAUAUUACAAUUUAAUGAAUACUUGCUGAAUUAAGAAUAAAAAAACAAACUUUUGAAAGGUA